AUGCUUUUCAACUCCCAGUUGUUCGUCGCUCUAGGUCUUUUCGCCUCCUCUCUCGCUGCUCCGGCCGCUGAAGAUGGUCACCAACACAUGCACGCUAAGCGUGGUGGUACUUGCCAAUUCCCAAAUUACAAUGGUAUGGUCGCAGUUCAAACUGGUGGCCAAAACGCUGGCUGGGCUAUGUCCCCUGAUCAAACCUGUUCUCAAGGAUCCUGGUGCCCAUACGCUUGUCAACCAGGUCAAUUGAUGGGUCAAUGGGAUACUUCUGUUACCACUUACUCAUACCCAGGCUCCCAAAACGGUGGUCUGUACUGUGAUGACAGUGGUAACUUGCAAAAGAAAAACCAAAACAAGGACUACUGUUAUGAUGGUGCUGGUACUGUUUCUGCUCAAAACAAUGCCGGUAACGAUGUUGCCUUCUGUCAAACCGUUUUGCCAGGUAACGAAAACAUGUUGAUCCCAACAAAUGUCGGUGGUGGUAGUAACCAAGUUCUAGCUGUUCCAGGUCCUGACUACUUCGCAUCUACUGCUGCUCACUACUACAUCAACCCACCAGGUGUUUCCACUCAAGAUGCAUGCCAAUGGGGUGAUGAGAGCCAUGCUCAAGGUAACUGGGCUCCUUACGUUGCAGGUGCUAACCAAGAUAACAACGGUGACACUUUUGUGAAGAUCGGUUGGAAUCCUAUUUACACUGGUAGUAACUUGGCUAACAACAAACCAAACUUUGGUAUCAAGGUUACCUGUGAUGGUGGUGACUGUGAUGGGUUACCAUGCUCUAUCGACCCAUCCAAGGGCUCUGUUAACAGUGUCAGCAGUCAACAAUCUUCUAGCGGUGCUGGUGGUGGUGACUUCUGUGUGGUCACUGCUAAGAGCGGUUCUAAGGCUCAAAUUGAAGUCUUCAGUGCUGGUGGUAACAACUAA